UUCUUUAAUGCGAAAGGGGAAAUAUUCUUCCAAUUAAUCCCCUGCUUCUCUUCUUCUCCCGCAAAACCCAUAGCAGAUCCACUCUCUCUCACCUUGAUCGGUCGGGACGUGAAAGAAAAUGUUGAAAUUCUUGAAAGGGGUAGUUGCCGGAUCGGGGACGGGCCCCAAGGAUCUGCCGUAUACCAUUGGAGAGCCGUACGCUUCAGCCUGGGGAUCCUGGGCGCACUACCGUGGAACAUCUAAGGAUGAUGGAUCUCCUGUCUCAAUAUUUUCUCUUUCUGGGAGUAGUGCCAAUGAUGGGCAUUUAGUUGCUGGCCGCAAUGGUGUCAAGCGUCUCCGAACGGUCAGACAUCCAAAUAUUUUGUCGUUUCUGCAUAGCACAGAGGCUGAAAUUGUGGAUGGUUCUGGUACAAAGGUUGUUAUCUACAUUGUGACAGAGCCUGUUAUGCCCCUUUCAGAAAAGCUCAAGGAAUUGGGGUUAGAAGGCAGUCAAAGGGAUGAAUAUUAUGCGUGGGGACUGCAUCGGAUAGCCAAAGCUGUGAGUUUCUUGAACAAUGAUUGUAAACUGGUUCAUGGUAAUGUUUGUACUGCUAGCGUUGUUGUAACACAAACUUUGGACUGGAAGCUUCAUGCAUUUGAUGUUUUAUCCGAGUUCGAUGGAAAUAAUGAAGCUUCGAAUGGACCAAUGCUUCAAUAUGAAUGGCUUAUUGGCUCACAAUACAAACCAAUGGAAUUGUCAAAAUCUGAUUGGUCAACCAUCAGAAAAUCUCCACCUUGGGCUUUAGAUUCUUGGGGUUUGGGCUGCCUAAUUUAUGAACUUUUCUCUGGCAUGAAGUUGACUAGAACAGAGGAGUUGCGGAAUACUGCUAAUAUACCUAAGUCUUUGCUUCAAGAUUAUCAGCGCCUAUUGAGUUCUGCACCUUCUCGCAGGUUGAAUCCAUCAAAGCUUCUGGAGAAUAGCGAGUAUUUCCAAAAUAAGUUGGUGGAAACCAUACAAUUUAUGGAAAUUCUUAAUUUGAAGGACAGUGUGGAAAAGGAUACCUUUUUCCGUAAGCUUCCAAGUCUUGCUGACAAGCUUCCUCGGCAGAUAGUUCUGAAGAAGCUGCUUCCGUUACUUGCAUCCGCCUUAGAAUUUGGUUCAGCUUCUGCACCUGCUUUGACUGCAUUGUUGAAAAUGGGAUCUUGGCUUUCAGCGGAAGAAUAUACCCUUAAGGUGUCACCAACUAUCAUAAAACUCUUUACAUCAAAUGAUCGCGCCAUUCGUGUUGGUCUUCUUCAGCAUAUUGAUCAAUAUGGCGAUUCAUUAUCUGCGCAAAUUGUUGAUGAACAGGUUUAUCCUCAUGUUGCUAAUGGGUUCUCUGACACAUCCGCUUUUCUACGGGAACUGACGCUGAAAUCCAUGCUUGUGCUGGCUCCUAAGCUCUCCCAGCGUACAAUUUCAGGAUCACUGUUGAAAUUUCUUUCAAAGCUUCAGGUUGAUGAAGAACCUGCAAUUCGUACAAAUACUACGAUAUUACUUGGAAACAUUGCCUGCCACCUAAAUGAAGGGACAAGGAAGAGAGUGCUAAUAAAUGCAUUCACAGUUCGAGCUUUGCGCGAUACUUUCUCUCCGGCACGAGGAGCAGGUAUAAUGGCUUUGUGCGCGACUAGUUCUUAUUAUGAUGCUACUGAGAUUGCAACUAGAAUUUUGCCAAAUGUUGUUGUCCUGACUAUUGAUCCUGACAGUGAUGUACGAUCGAAAUCAUUCCAAGCUGUUGAACAGUUCUUGCAAUUAGUGAAACAAUACCACGAAAAGGCAACCAAUGGGGAUGCCACAAGUGCAGCAGGCACUGGAAUUUCACCAAUACCUGGAAAUGCAAGUUUGCUGGGAUGGGCAAUGAGCUCACUGACAUUGAAAGGCAAACCAUCUGAGCAGAGUACAAGCUCAUCAAACACAAGUGAUCCUGCUACGUCUUCAAUCAAUUCCAAUUCCAACUCUGUGACCGAUAGUACAAGUUUGGCACCAGUACGUGUAAGUUCCUCAACAGAUUUACCUGAUUUUGCCGAUCAGCCCCACACAUCCCCUACAACAACUGAUGGAUGGGGAGAACUCGAAAAUGGCAUUCAUGACACAGACAAGGAUGGUUGGGACGACCUCGAACCAUUGGAGGAGGCAAAACCAUCUCCUGCUCUUGCCAAUAUCCAAGCAGCUCAAAAAAGGCCCGUCGUCCCUCCUCCAAAACAAGUUUCUAAUGCGAGACCACAGACCACAUUGAAACCCAACAAAGAAGAUGAUGAAGGCGACUUGUGGGGUGCUGCACCAACGCCUGCUCCUAGAGCCAUUUCAAAACCCUCUGCAAAAGCCACUCGAUUAGUCGAAGAUGAUGAUCCAUGGGGUGCAGUUGCUGCCCCAGUUCCGAAAUCCUCAUCCAAGCCAGUAAAUCUGAAAUCCAGCAGCUCAGCAGACGACGACCUUUGGGCUUCCAUUGCAGCUCCUCCACCAACAACUGCAGGGCACAGACCGUCAUCAGGUGGCGGACGAGGGCGAGGGACCAAAGCUGCUGCCCCGAAAUUAGGUGCUCAGAGGAUAAACAGAACUUCAUCAGGGGUGUAAGAGGAAAGGAUUCUAGAGCAGUGUACAUUUGUGUGUGUUUUAACCGGAAAUGGUGAGUUUAAUAUCCUGAAAAAAAAAAAAAAAAAAAAAAAUGUAGUACAGAGAGAGCAUGCAUGUAUUUUGGAUGGCGAUUUUUUUUUUAUUUUUUAUUUUUACUACGAUUAUUAUUAGUAUCCCCUCCAUGUCAGUCAAUUUGUAUUAAUACUUAUACUUGCUGCAAUUAGAGCAUUAACGAACUUGCAUAUCUUCAAA